AUGGUACAAACAGUUUACAACUGGCAAAUGAUGCAGUGUUUGUAUCUGUGGACUCGGGUCGUGUCAAAAGCCCAUGGUGUUCAUGAUUGCGAAGCUAUUUGUGAACUCACAUAUCCUCUGACUCAACUUAUUCACGGCGUACUGAAAUUAUUCCAUUCACUUCGCUACAUUCCAUUACGUCUGCAUUGCAUUUCUCUGCUUAUCCAAUUGCAAGCCAAUUGUGGGACCUAUGUACCAACACUGGCAUUGGCCGUAGAACUUCUUGACGAUGCUGAGCACAUUCUUGCGAAAAAGCCAAAAGCGGUGAAAAAUGCAAAAAUGGUGGACAUGGAAUGUAUAUUAAAGGUCGGUGCUCCUGUGCUUGAGGAGAACGUCUGGCGCAGUGCUUUAUGCGACUACUUGUUCCGGAUAACAUUACAGGCCGCGCAUCUGAUCUGUUCUCAGCCGAGCUUUCCUGACGUCAUUGUUCCCAUAACACACAGGAUUCGAGACUUUUUGCGGAAGAUUCGUUCGGCUGAAUACGCUAGAUGUUUUCGAUCUCUGUCAGAAAAACUUGAAGAGCAGGCAAAAUUCGUCGCGGACGUUCUUCUCAUGAAAGAGUUCAGCAUCAAAGACGAUAUGCAAAUUAUGUCGUUGAAACUAGCGCUCAACAAUCCCGACUCACCUCUACGGGUCUUUUACCGUCAAUGGGAAAAAGCGUGGCGCUUGAAGCAACAAAUGCUGACUGCGUCGAACAACAAAGAAAUUGCCAAGGACGCCAGUACCGCUAAGAAGCCCCAGAAGAAAGAAAAGGAAGGCAAAAAGGAAGCAAAAGCGGAGACGAAACCAAUUAAGAAAAAGCGUAUGUCAACCGCGGCAGCUGAUCGAGCUGAUGAGACGAUACCAGACCAACUGUUGGAGGAUCUGGGAAAUUGGAGCGAUAGCAAUUGA